GCGAACAAAGCCCAGCCCGUCUCUGGCGCUAGUGGGAGGGGACUUGCAGCUGCGCGCCGGGCUGGAUAGUGCUUCUGCGGUCGCCUGCUCCACCUCCAACUGGGUCCAUUCAGAGCCGGCGCGGAAGCCCAAGCGGCCGUGGGAGAAGGGAAGAGAAGAGCCAGCCGGCUCCCAGCUGAUGCGGCGUCAAGUCGCCGUCUCGCCAGAUUUCUCCAGGAGCCAUGGGGCACCCUCCGCUGGAGUUCAGCGAUUGUUACCUGGACAGCCCUGACUUCAGAGAAAGGCUCAAAUGUUACGAGCAGGAGCUGGAGAGGACCAACAAGUUCAUCAAGGACGUCAUCAAAGAUGGGAAUGCUCUCAUCGGUGCCAUCAAAAAUUACUCCUUGGCUGUACAGAAAUUCUCCCAGACUCUCCAGUCCUUUCAGUUUGACUUUAUUGGGGACACCCUGACAGAUGAUGAGAUUAACAUUGCCGAAUCCUUUAAGGAGUUUUCAGAGCUGCUUCAAGAGGUGGAACUUGAAAGAUCAAUGAUGGUUCAAAAUGCUAGUGAUUUACUGAUCAAACCGCUGGAAAACUUCCGCAAGGAGCAAAUUGGAUUCACCAAAGAACGGAAAAAGAAAUUUGAGAAGGAUGGGGAGCGGUUUUACUCCAUGUUGGAUCGCCAUUUGAAUUUAUCUUCAAAGAAAAAAGAAUCCCAUUUGCAAGAGGCUGACAUGCAGGUGGAUAAAGAGCGGCACGUUUUCUUUGAAUCUUCCCUGGAAUACGUCUAUCAGAUCCAAGAAGUGCAGGAGAGCAAGAAGUUUAGUAUUGUGGAGCCUGUCUUGGCUUUCCUCCAUAGCCUCUUCACCUACAACAACCUGACUGUGGAAUUGACGCAGGAUUUCCUGCCAUAUAAGCAACAACUUCAGCUCAGUCUGCAGAAUACCAGAAAUCACUUCAGCAGCACACGGGAAGAGUUGGAAGACCUCAAGAAGAGGAUGAAGGAAGCUCCUCUCACUUGCAAGCUCCCUGGGAAACCGACCAUAGAAGGCUACCUGUAUUCGCAAGAAAAAUGGGCCCUGGGCAUCUCAUGGGUCAAAUACUACUGCCAGUAUGAGAAAGAGGCAAAGGUGUUCAGGAUGACACACAUGGAGCAGAAGCCAGGGUCAAAGCAAGGCACCUUACACCUGAUGCUGAAGUCCUGUGUGAGGAGGAAGACAGACUCCAUAGACAAAAGAUUUUGUUUUGACAUUGAGACGCUGGAAAGACCUGGGCCCAUCACCGUUGCAAGCCCCUUAUCGAGAAGCCGAAAUCGACGCUCUGGAUGGGAGGCCAUGGAUGGGAAAGAGCCAGCCGUGUUGUGA